UGACUGAUAAAAAAGUUAAGGAGAAUUCCGUGAUUACCUCUCUUUUCCAGCUCAACAGUUUCUGAGAAACAGAAACACACACUCAUUCACACCUUAAUUGUUGUUAUUAAUUAUCUUAAAUCCCAAAAAAGAAACUCUAAAAUUCAUAUAGCUCCAAAUUUCAACUACAAUUUCACACAAACGGAAACUCUCCACAAAAAAAAAUUCAAUUCCAAUUCCAAUUUCUAGAUCUGAUUUUCAAUUUCUCUUCUGAAUCGCAAUUCCAAUAAAAUCAAAAUUUCCAUUCUCGAAACGAAAUCCGCAAUGUUUCGUUUCGAGCAGGAAAAGAUCCGCAAACGAAUUUCAUAUUAAUUUCAAUUCAAUUUCAAUUUCAAUUUCAAUUUUCACUUCAUUCCUUUCUGAUUUCAACCUGUUUCCAUGGCGGAUGCUCUCACUGUCAUGCCGGCCGCCGUGCUCCGUAACCUCGCCGAUAAGCUCUACGAAAAACGCAAAAAUGCUGCACUCGAGGUUGAGGGGAUUGUGAAGCAGCUUGCUUCUGCUGGUGAUCAUGAUAAGAUUACUGCUGUCAUUACUUUGUUGACUACGGAAUUUACUUACUCGCCGCAAGCCAAUCAUCGCAAGGGAGGGUUGAUUAGUUUAGCUGCUGCUACUGUUGGUUUGACUAAUGAAGCUGCUCAACAUCUCGAGCAAAUUGUGCCUCCUGUAUUAAAUUCUUUCUCUGACCAAGAUAGCAGAGUUCGUUAUUAUGCUUGUGAAGCACUAUACAACAUUGCUAAGGUUGUGAGAGGAGACUUUAUUGUAUUCUUCAACCAGAUCUUUGAUGCCUUAUGCAAGCUUUCUGCAGAUUCAGAUGCUAAUGUACAAAGUGCUGCACAUCUCUUAGAUCGACUUGUGAAGGAUAUUGUGACCGAAAGUGAUCAGUUCAGUAUUGAAGAAUUUAUACCAUUAUUGAGGGAGCGCAUGAAUGUACUAAAUCCAUAUGUCCGCCAGUUUUUGGUAGGAUGGAUUACUGUAUUGGAUAGUGUUCCAGAUAUUGAUAUGCUGGGUUUUCUUCCUGAUUUUCUUGAUGGUUUGUUUAAUAUGUUGAGUGAUUCAAGUCAUGAAAUACGUCAACAAGCUGAUUCAGCUCUUUCUGAGUUUCUUCAAGAGAUAAAGAACUCACCAUCUGUAGAUUAUGGUCGAAUGGCUGAAAUUCUGGUACAGAGGGCUGGUUCUCCAGAUGAAUUUACUAGGUUAACAGCUAUCACAUGGAUAAAUGAGUUUGUCAAACUUGGUGGAGACCAGCUUGUUCCAUACUAUGCUGACAUUCUUGGAGCCAUUUUGCCUUGCAUAUCCGAUAAAGAAGAGAAAAUUAGAGUGGUUGCUCGGGAAACCAAUGAAGAGCUACGAGCAAUCAAUGCCGAUCCAGCUGAAGCGUUUGAUGUAGGAGCAAUCCUCUCCAUUGCAAGAAGGCAACUCUCUAGUGAAUGGGAGGCUACUCGAAUCGAAGCUUUGCAUUGGAUAUCAACCCUGUUAAACAGACAUCGUAUUGAGGUUUUGACAUACCUAAAUGACAUAUUUGACACCCUACUCAAAGCACUUUCAGAUCCAUCUGAUGAGGUUGUUCUUUUAGUUCUUGAUGUUCAUGCAUGCAUUGCAAGAGAUCCUCAGCACUUCCGGCAGCUUGUCGUUUUCCUUGUGCACAAUUUCAGACUAGAUAAUUCUCUUUUGGAGAAGCGUGGUGCUUUGAUAAUCCGUCGCCUUUGUGUGCUUUUGAAUGCCGAGAGAGUCUACCGGGAACUUUCUACAAUAUUAGAAGGAGAAUCUGAUUUGGAUUUUGCAUCAAUUAUGGUUCAGGCUUUGAAUUUGAUCUUACUUACAUCAUCAGAAUUGUCUGAGAUUCGAGAUCUUUUAAAGCAAUCACUGGUAAAUCCUGCCGGGAAGGACUUGUAUAUUUCUUUGUAUGCCUCUUGGUGUCAUUCUCCAAUGGCAAUUAUAAGUCUCUGCUUUGUAGCUCAGACUUACCGACAUGCAAGUGCUGUGAUUCAAUCUCUGGAGGAGGAGGAUAUAAAUGUGAAGUUUUUGGUCCAACUGGAUAAAUUGAUUCGCUUGCUGGAAACUCCAAUCUUUGCUUAUCUUAGAUUGCAGCUUCUCGAUCCUGCAAGAUAUUUAUGGCUAUUCAAAGCAUUGUAUGGUCUUCUGAUGUUGCUACCUCAGCAAAGUGCAGCCUUUAAGAUACUAAAGACUCGUUUAAAGGCUGUGCCGUCGUAUUCUUUCAAUCGUGCGCAACUGAAUAGAGAGCCUUCUGGGGAUUAUUACCAAUUUCUUCCUCAGAUGCCUGAUGGAACAAAAGAGGAUGGUGAUGUAACUGAAGAUGGUGGGAGCUCAUAUAAUGCAAUUAACUUUGCUGCAAGGUUACAACAGUUUCAGAAAAUGCAGCAACAACAUCGGGUACACACUAAAUCACGAAGAACGUCACGCAGUUUAUCCACUUCAUUACCAAAGGUUGCUGGCCUUAGUUUGUCCACUUCAUUAUCAAAGGAGGCACAACGAGAGGAAGAGCCACCGAAACCUCAGUCUAUUGAUCUUAAUGUCCCUCCUUCAAGAUCAAGGAGAAAUUCAGGGCAACUACAACUAUAAUUCUAAUGUUGUUUCUAUCUAUGUGGAGUCUGAUCAGUGCAUGUGAACUUUGAAUGGGGUCGGGUAUGAUUUGUAAAAUUGUAAAUCAUAGUAGCUCGUUUUAUUUAUAGUGGUUGGGAUGGUGAAAAUUAGGUUUUGGAAUCAAGAUGAAGCUUGGGGGUUUUCUAGGCUAUUCUUUUGACCUUGUAGAAGAACGUGAUGCUCACGUGGUUCUGUUAUUUUUGUUGUAAACCUUGUGGGCUAGGUGGGAUAUUUUGUCUAGUAAUGUUUCUUAUAUAAUUUAGGGUAAAUUAUAUGCUCCUCCUAUGCUAUGCCUCCGAAAGAUAGAAAUAAUGCUAAAAUAUGUUUCAUCCAUUUUGUAUUGAGUGUAAUAUUAAAAAAGAAUAAUGUCUCUUAUUA